AUGAUUGAAUUGACUGAUGAAUCCCCAGUGAUAUACUACCAUUUCAGGAUACCCAAUGGUAACUUUCAAGUUGGUCUUAGAGCUUUAGGGAAUGAUCAGGAUGUUAUCAAUCUUUUUAAAUUUAUUCUAAAUAACAAGUUGAUUGAGGUGUACACAGAACAUGGAAAGACCAAUCUACUCACUUACUUCAUGUCUCCAAAUGCAAAGGGUAAAGUUAUCAUUGAGGAAUUACAAGAAAAUGAUGAUCAAGGGGUUGAAUAUGAGACUGAAGUUCAUGUAGAAUCUCCAUUGAGAAAUAUGAACCAUGUCAAUGAUGAGCCAAUUGGUGAGUACAUGUCUUUGAUUCUUUUUGGGAGUAAAAGUGAUGCAUUCUCACCAGAGUAUAGAAGGGGUAGAGUUAGGAAUUCAAAAAGAAGGGAAGGUUCUUGUAUCAAGAGGCUUAAUUUAGAGGAUAUUGAUGAUUUAAAAGAGAAGGAACACACUAAUGAGGGUGUUAAGGAGGUUCAGGGGGCUACAACUGUUGUUGAAGGAUGCUACAAGCCAUUUACUUCAAAUAUUGCUAAUGUAGGGGAUGAGAUGAUUGGGGUUCAGGAUAAUGACCAUAUUGAUGGAUGCUACAACACCCCACCUGUUAAUGAUGAUGCAUAG